GGGUUAGAAGAUACUCAACUCAAUCUGCCGCAGUGCCGCUUGAUGUUAUUCUUUCUACGUUUGUGACAAAAAUACUGUUUUACUGAAAAACUUUCUCACAUUUCGACUCUUCAGACUAAAUUUCAGAGAGUGAUUAUUAUUGGCAUAAUGAUAUCGCGUUCAAACUGAAAUUCGCAAAAUGUCAGAAGAUCCAUCAGAAUUUUUCCUUGCGCUCACUGCGCAACUAAGGAAUAAUUCCCUUUGGAAAAAUGCAAGUCCACGCUUUACUCAGCUAUUGACUGAAAAGAUCUGGGACAAAAAUCUGUGCAAAGAGCUCUGCUCAGAGUUGGUGGAAGGAAUCAUUGCUCAACCAGAACGUUCAGAAACAAUCGCAAAAGUAUUUCCUCAACUUGUACUUCCCAUCUUGUCCUGGGCAUCUACAAACCCAAGAUGGCCAGAAAAGAGGGUUUUUAUUUUAGCAAAUAUGGCUGGAGUUAGCCCUGACGCUAAAAGAUUUGCACAAGAAAAGCUAUACCUGACCAAGGGCCCUUUUGAGGAAUCGACCUCAUGCGAACCGCCUCAAUCAAAGAAGAGAUGCAAAAAUCAGUUGCCCUCUUUGGAAGCUGUACUAGACCUUCUGAAAUCAGAUCAGCCAUAUUUUGCUUGCUUGUGGAGAUGGUCGCACUUGAUUGCUAAGCUCGGCAGCUCAGAUUCAGAGCAUCAAUGGCUUAGCUAUUUAUGCAUUCAAUUGGCGCUUGGAAUACCUGAAAAGGAGAAGACCCUGAUGUGCAACAAUGAUGAUAUGACAGCUUGGGUGUUGAACUACUCUGAAACCAAGCCCAGACUUUCGUUUUCAACAAGAUGUUCCCCAGGCCAAGAAACUGCCAUGAACUGGAUUGGUGAGUGCUGUCCUGGCGUAGUUAAUGUGGCAGGUGUGAUGCUACAAACAAAAUCGAAGAAGCCAAAGUUCCUGAGUGAGAAAUCGCUUGUGAUGGUUCCAUCUACCAAGGCCAACUUGCGCAGUUUGGCAGUAGCAGUCACUGCGGGUCAGAGUGUGCUGCUGCAAGGCCCUGUUGGUUGUGGAAAAACAGCUCUCAUUGAACAACUUGCCAUGAUGACCGGCAGAUGUGGACCUCCUGAACUCUUGAUCGUUCAGCUUGGAGAGGAAACAGAUAGCAAAAUGCUUUUAGGUGGAUACAGAUGUUCUGAAAACCUUGGUGAAUUUGUCUGGAGACCUGGAAUUUUGACACAGGCUGUUGAGAAAGGCUCGUGGCUUAUUCUUGAGGACAUUGACUGUGCCUCGUCAGAUGUUUUGUCAGUGCUUGCGUCUCUACUUGAAACUGGAAAACUGGCUGUACCCGGAUACAGGGAUUGCAUCCAAGCUGCUACUACAUUCCAGCUCUUUGCAACCAGGAGAACUACACAGGGUUUCAGCCAAGUGUCUACUACAAACAUGUUGGACAAGAUUUGGAUGCAAGUCAACGUAGAGCCUCUGGCUAGACAUGAGCUAGAAAUGGUCAUUAAAAAGAAGCACCCUCAACUUGAAACUGUUGUGUCAAGGCUGCUGGACGUGUUCUUAGUGUUCUCAAGAGGCAGCCACUCGACUGCUCUUGAAUCACAGCCCACCAUGCCUGUCAGUGGAAUGGACAUAGCACCAGAUAUAAAACCACCAAAUUUAGCUGGCAGACUGAUUUCAACAAGAGAUUUGCUCAAGUGGUGUGCUAGAGCGUCUGUUGAUUUCAAGGAAGGAUCAGCAGAAUGCGCAUUGAGAAUUUUGCAAGACGCAAUAGACAUUUUCUCAUGCGCAGCCCCAUCAGAAGAGGAAAGACACAGAUUGGCAGUUGCUGCUUCGGACAGGCUGGGAAUAGCCCACCCAAACGUACCCUUCUUUUGCAAAACAUACAAACCUUAUAUCAAGUCGACUCAUUCAAACUUUAUCGCUGGUAGGGGGAAAGUCGCUUGUGCUAAAAAACUAGCCGUUCAAAUGGAGCAAAAGACCGUUUACUCGCUUACUCAAGCAGCCAGCUGCCUCUUGGAAAGAGUUGCAUGUUGCAUUGAACAUGGGGAGCCUGUUCUGCUUGUCGGAGAAACAGGAACGGGAAAAACUGCUACCAUUCAGCUCCUGGCUCAAAAAGCCGGUCAAAAACUGAAGGUCAUCAACAUGAAUCAACAGAGCGACAGUGCAGACUUGCUUGGCGGAUACAAACCGGUUGAUUUGAAAAUGACUGUAGAACCAGUUCGUUUGGAAUUCGAAACACUCUUUUCCAAUACCUUUGACAGGGGGAAAAAUUCCAAAUUUUUGAACCAUGUUGCAUUGUGUUUUUUAGGUCGGCGCUGGGACGCAUUGUUGUUUCUGAUGCGCUGUACUCUGACAAAAGCUCUCAAGAAGCCUGAGAGUGACAUAAACAGUUGGAAGGAACUAGAUUCCAAAUUGGAGAGGCUUGAGACUCAACUAAAAUCUGGACAGUCGUCCCUGGCAUUCCAGUUUGUGGAGGGAACUUUGGUAAAAGCUGUCUCUGAAGGUGGCUGGGUAUUGCUGGAUGAAAUAAAUUUGGCCACCGCUGAAACUUUGCAGUGUCUCUCUGGACUCUUGGAAGGAAACCACGGCUCUCUUCAUUUGCUUGAACGUGGAGAUACAAAACCAAUCAAACGCCACCCUGCCUUCAGACUCUUUGCCUGCAUGAAUCCAGCAACUGAUGUUGGAAAAAAGGAUUUGCCAUCAGGAUUGAGAAACAGAUUUACCGAAUUUUACGUUGCUGAAUUGACGGAGAAAAAUGAUUUGAUUCAACUAACUGACUCAUAUAUGAGUGGUCAAGGACUUUAUCCAAAAGAUUUGGAUAACAUUGUCAAUUUGUAUUUGAAAUUGAAGUCUGAAGCAAAUAAAACUCUUGCUUCUGGAACGGGUCACAAACCUCAUUACAGUUUACGGACGCUCUGCCGAGCUUUGUCGACAGCAUCGAAAAACCCUUGUGGGCAGAUUCGCAGGUCUCUGAUGGAGUCCUUCAGCCUGAGUUUCUUGACACAGUUGGACAAGGGUUCCCAAGAAACUGUGCUGAAACUCAUUGUUCAGUUCAUUCUUGACAAAGAUGCCAAAAGUGUUAUGAAAAAACCAAUUGCCAAACCAGAGAAUGGUGACGCCAUUAACGUUGAAGGCUUUUGGGUGCAGUCAGGAACUUUGGAACCAAAAGUUCCAGACAAUUACAUCUUGACCCCAAGUGUGAGGAACCAUUUGAGGGAUUUAGCAAGAGCUGUUGCUCUUGAUCAAGCACCUGUACUUCUUCAGGGUGAAACUUCUGUUGGCAAAACAAGUUUGAUCACAUAUCUGGCUAACAUAACGGGCCACACAUGCUUGCGAAUCAAUAACCACGAGCACACUGACCUUCAAGAGUACCUUGGGCAGUACAGCGCUGACACUGAUGGUGCUCUAACAUUCAAGGAAGGUGCUCUCGUAGAAGCCAUGCGAAAUGGUUAUUGGGUCAUCUUGGAUGAGCUCAACUUGGCUCCAUCAGAUGUGUUAGAAGCUUUGAACAGAGUGCUGGAUGACAACAGAGAACUUUUCAUUCCUGAGACGCAGACCUUGGUCAAAGCUCAUCCUAGAUUCAUGUUGUUUGCCACACAGAACCCUCCUGGGCUGUAUGGUGGUCGAAAACUUCUAUCUCGGGCAUUCAGAAAUCGCUUUGUGGAGCUACACUUCAGUGAAUUUCCACCUUCAGAGUUGGAGACCAUUUUGCAGGAGAGAUGUCAACUGCCUCCUUCAUACGCCAAGAAGAUGGUUGCAGUCAUGAACACUUUGCAGCUCAGGCGUAGAGAAAGUGCCGCCUUUGCUGGAAAGCAGGGAUUCAUGACUUUAAGAGAUUUGUUCAGAUGGGGUGAAAGGUACAGGCUGGCAGACUCUAAAACUGGGAAUUAUGAGUGGGAGCAGCAUUUGGCUGAUGAAGGAUAUUUGGUUUUGGCUGGACGAGUUCGGCGCCAUGAAGAAGCGCAAGUCAUCGAAGAAGCUCUCCAGAAGCACUUUAAGUGUAAGGUGGAUCCUGACAGACUGUUCUCUUGGAGCUCUAGAACGUCAAACACUACCAGAGCAAUUCUAAAAAAUGUGCUUGAGUCAGCAGUUUCUGGCUUUGAUCACAUUGUUUGGACGUUUAAUAUGAGACGUUUGGCAGUACUUGUUGGAAAAGCAGUCCAAUUCAAAGAACCAGUGUUGCUGGUUGGCGAAACAGGCUGUGGGAAAACCUCUGUGUGCCAACUUCUUGCUGCGCUUGAAAAAAAGCAGCUGCACUAUGUCAACUGCCACAUGCACACCGAAGCCGCCGAUUUCCUAGGCAGUUUGAGGCCUGUGCGAAACCACGAAGAAAGCGAUGGCAAGCUCUUUGAGUGGGUUGAUGGCCCACUAGUUAUGUCAAUGCUUGGCGCUGACUGGUUCUUGGCUGACGAGAUUUCCCUGGCUGACGAUAGCGUGCUGGAACGUCUGAACUCCUUGCUUGAACCUGAGCAAACACUUCUCCUUGCUGAGAAAGGUGGUGAUAUUAUCACCGCAACAGAAGGAUUCCAAUUUGUGGCUACAAUGAAUCCAGGCGGUGAUUUUGGCAAAAAAGAGCUGUCCCCAGCAUUGAGGAACCGUCUUACUGAAAUCUGGUGCGAAGGAUGUGAGACGAGAGCAGAUAGAAUUGCAGUUGCUGAAAAAUCACUUAAUUCUGGGCUUUUCUUUGGAAACCAAGAAGACUGCACAUCUGGAGUUGGGAGAUGCGCUGCUGAUUUCAUUGAUUGGCUGCAGAAAACCAGUAUGGGGUCAAGGCUGCCAUUCAGCGUUAGAGAUUUGCUGACGUGGAUUCACUUCAUCAACACUGUCACUGAAAAUACCAAACAAAAUCAAUUGACAUCAAUUGACAUUGGUUCAGCGUAUAUUCAUGGUGCUUGCUUAACCUUCUUGGACAGCUUAGGAUCAGGGCUAACCGCAAAUGCAAGCCCCUCAGACAUCCGCCAAGCCAGAAUUGAGGCAAUCAAUUUUCUAGAAGCACAAGUUAAAACCAUAACUGGAACUGCCCCUGCAUUCAGUCCAAUCAGGGAAAAAGUAGGGAGAAUCAUUUCUGACGAUAGAAAAGUUGGAUUGGAACCAUUCUUUAUUGAAAGAGGCCCUGUGGAAAACUGCAGCUUUCCAAGCGAGUUCAUGUUUGAUGCACCAACAACCAGCAGCAGUGUCACUAGACUCCUUAGAGCUCUCCAACUCAGCAAGCCAAUUUUGUUGGAGGGAAGCCCUGGUGUGGGUAAAACAAAUCUUGUUCAAGCACUGUCAAAAGCAUCAGGACAUUCUCUGACUCGCAUCAAUCUUUCUGACCAAACGGAUGCAUCUGAUUUGUUUGGAGCCGAUUUGCCUGUGGAGGGAGGAUUGGGUGGGCAGUUUGCCUGGAGAGAUGGUCCAUUUUUGCAGGCUCUCAAAGCUGGAGACUGGAUUGUGCUGGAUGAGCUCAACUUGGCGUCCCAAUCGGUCUUGGAAGCUUUGAACGCUUGCCUAGAUCACAGAGGAGAAGUCUACAUUCCUGAAAUUGGCAGGUCUUUCAAGGUCAACUCCAAAACUACCAGAAUAUUUGGCUGCCAAAAUCCCCAGAGGCAGGGUGGGGCCAGGAGAGGGCUCCCAAAAUCUUUCCUCAAUAGAUUUACUGAAGUUUACAUUGAAUCCUUGACGGCUGUGGAUAUGCACUUCAUUGCACAAUCUCUGUUUCCCGAGCUACCAUCUGACCUUCUUGAAGGCAUGGUCUCUUUCACCCACAGAGUAGCUCAGGAGACUACUGAAUUGAGGCAGUGGGGAUUCAGUGGUGGACCGUGGGAUAUGAAUCUUAGAGACCUCUCAAGAUGGGCUCUCGCUACUAAGGAAAAAGGCUCAUGCGAUGUUGGUGCAGGAGGUGCAGCAUACCUGAUCUAUUUUAGUAGGAUGAGAACCAUCAAAGAUAUAGAAAAGAUGUCUGUUGCGUAUGAGGAAGAAGUAGGCCAAAAAUGGCCCCUGCCUAAAGGUCGGCCCACUUUGAGCAUAACUGAAGAGAAAGUCAUAAUUGGAGGUGUUGCACUCCCAAGGUCCAACUUCCAAGUUGACGCACCUUUCCUUGUGCUCAGAUCAUCUUACUACAUUUUGUACUCACUGGCAUGCUGCGUACAUCACAAAUGGCUUUCCAUUUUGGUUGGAAGUGCAGGCAGUGGGAAAAGCAGCGUAGUUUCUCUUCUUGCAGCACUCACAGGCCAGCAACUGAAAGUGCUGGCAAUGAAUUCGUCCAUGGACACAACGGAAAUUCUCGGUGGCUUUGAGCAGACCGACUUUGGCCGGCAUUUAGAUGAACUUGCCUCUCGAGCCGAGGUCCUAGUGAAGCGCAUCGUGUGUCGACUGCUCUCCGAGAAGAGCAACUUGAUUGCUCAAAGACUUCUCGCGCUGUGGGAACACUACCUAGAGACUUCCAGAGAGAAUCAACAAAAAAGGACCGUGACACUGGAAACGCAGCUCUUUCACAAGAGGGCAAAACUUUUGGGCGAAAUUCUAGAGAAACUUGAGACAUAUUCUUCAGAGGCGAGAGACAUGAAAGAGCAGGUGCACCAAAUAGCUCAACGUGCCUUGGAAGCCGGCGCUCUCAAUGCAGGUGGAAGAUUUGAAUGGGUCGACAGCCUUCUUGUCAAGUGUUUGAGAGAUGGUACCUGGCUUUUAGUGGAAAACGUGAACAUGUGCAGCGCUGCGGUUCUUGACAGGCUCAACGCACUCCUAGAACCAGGCGGCUGCCUAACACUUGGCGAAAGGGGGGUGAAUAGCCAAGGCGUUCUGCACACCGUGGUCCCUCACCCCAAUUUCAGACUUUUCUUCACCAUGGACCCCAAAUACGGUGAAAUCUCGAGGGCAAUGAGGAACAGGGGAGUAGAAAUUUAUGUGCACAGCCCUGACGAAGGAAGCAACGCGCUGCCAACAUUGGAUUUGUGUGCUCUGCUCUCCAGCUGUGGCCUUAGUUUCCACUGCGAGCAACAGACUCUAAUAACCGUGCACAAAGCUCUCGGAGCAAGCUCCUCUGCUAUGGACCCAGCGCUGAAGCUCUCGUCGCUUAUGCAGGCGGCGGUGCUAGUUUACCAGAACAAAUUGAGAGGCAGUUCGAUUAAGGAGGCAAUGCGAUUUGCCUGUGUGGACGUGUUUGUUAAGCCUAAAUCCACCGCUGAAAGCAAGAAACAAGCUUUGCUAUUGCUGGAUGAAAUUUUAGAUAAAGCACUUUUCGUUGAAAGUGAAUUUGACAGCAUCCCGCAAAGCGUGACUCAAAACCUAACCAUGGUUCAUUAUGGAAGUGCUCUUGCUCAAGCGAAGCAAGACUGCGCACUUUUGCUCGCAUGCCUUGCAACAGAAGAAGGCACAACAGACUUUUUGAACAAAGUUUGUGAUCUGAGCUCUAGCUUGUCAAUCGCUACUGUGAGUUUGCGUAUCCCUCUGCUCCUUUGGAUUUACAAAUUGUCAACCUUGAAAGAAGUAAAACUGAGACAUGCCGUGAUUGAGAAAACUUGCCAGGGAGCACUGCGCCAACUAUCCACCAAAAUGAAAGACGCCAUAGUUGCUGCCCAACCAACUAGUGAUUUGGCAGUCAUGGACGAUUAUCUGCAAUUGUGUUUGUGGAUUGAAAAUUUGUCCAUUACCCCAGAGCAAAAAGUUACAACCACGCAAAAGGGAGGAAAAAUGACAGCUUUGCAGUACUCGCAGGCUGUUGAAUCAAAGAAAGUUCCAGCAAACAUGAACAACUCACCUGUUCUGGUCAAACUAUCAAAGCUUCUCAGUGCGACCGAAAAUUGCCUUGAAGCACUUGGUCGGUCACAGGCGAGGCUCUCACUGGAGGAGUUUGAAACUGUGCGCAGAGGCUUAACUUGGAGGAACCAUAUUUUCAACUUCGCCUGCGGUGCGACUUUGAGCAAAGCUACAGUUGCUGAAGUAGUGCAGACGCUGACCACCCAUUUCAACUGGCUCAAAAAACACCUGCUCAAUCCCAUCAUUUCAUUGAAAUGUGACCUACCUGAACUGCGGCACUUGAAAAAACUUGCUGACGAGGUGCGUGUUUCAAUCGAGGAUCAUCCAUUGAAAAAGCUCGCAUUCUUAGCGUUGCCAAAGAUUGGGCAACCGCUGCCUUUCAGAAGUUUGAAUCAUCUGCAGGCAAAAUCAAAGCUCGACGAGCUGUCAGAGCUUUUGCUCAUUUGGCCGACAAAUGACAAGAGUCAUUGGAGCAAAGUUAUCUCUUGGCUAGGAACAAAGGAUGGUAGCUGCGCAAAAAACCUGCUCAUCUCCUCAAUGAAGAGUUUGCACAUGCGAAAUGAUAUUCCUAGUGAUGAUAUCACUAGCCUAGAGAGCAGCGUGAAUCUGCUGAAUGAAUUUACGUCCCAGACGAAAUCAUUUAGUGUGGAUUCAUUAAUCCAUGACUAUCUCCGCCUGCUUCUUCUGUGCAAGACAAGGAGUGACUUGCAAAACAACCUACUGUCGCUGGAAUACCUUUUGGAAAAUCUCAAGAGAGACCCCAUAUCCCAGGCUGACAUGUUGGCGCUCGUUAGUUUAGUCAUUGAAGACCCCAAACGGGAAUGCCACCGGCUGAAUUUGGAAUCAAGCAUUCUGCAGUGGCUCUUGAAUAGUUCUCCUGUUCUUAAUGCGCCACUCAAAUGGCUUGAAUGGACUGAAAAUACAGAGAAAAUUGAACACAAAGAAUUCUUUGAAGCAGAUAAUGAAGAAAUCAGCAAAAAACUCGCAAAAGUCAGUCCUGACUCGGCAGUUCUUUCUUUGCUUGCCAUGUUCCAAGUCUUCAGCUGUGGAAACAAACUGGGAGAGGCAUUUGACCACCAGAAAAACAUGCAAAAAAUUUCCUCUUUCAUUUGGCAAGCAACUGAAAGUCUGAGCUUAGAUUCGCUUAACCAAAUGAACAAUGAGCUUGAAUUGGUGAAAAAAUCAUUUGAUGAGAUUUUACGGGCACUGAGUCCUGCAUCAGCUGAGGAAGUCUCAAUCCAAGACAAAGUGUCCUCAUUAGACAAAGUUACGACUUACCAGCCGCUUCUGGAAUCAUGCAGCAAUCUGGCCCAGCUGCUUUCCAACUUUACUCUAAGCUGGUCUGUCAUUGGAAAAGCAAACGUGCUCCUGGGCUUCAUUACGCUGACCUUAACUUGUGCGCUUUCGCCUGUCGAUCCUGUGCAGAAAAAUUCUCUCAAAUUGAAGUACACUCUGCAAGAUUUGUCUGACUCCGAGGUGUGCUUAUAUGCAAAUGAGUUACUUGCCCGUGUUAGGGGAGACACAACUAAAACAGAUCCUGAGCCAAGGCAACAACAUCCUCUUGUUAAGAUGUUACUUGAACAUUGUGAAAAUUUGAAGGAGAAAAAGGACAAGCUUUCCAUCACAACAGCUACUAGACCUGAAAAAAACCUUUAUUCAGAAAUCAAGAAGAUGGUGACCCAGUACUGCAAUACACUGGCUUCCACAGGCACAGCUCUUCAUAUUGCAGAUGAGCUUUUCCGCAUCUCAAACGGUGAAGAUGGAAAUUUGGAUUUGCUCCUUAACCAAGAAGAGACCUGGCAGCUUUCGCAAAACAAAUUCUGCAAGGAUCUGAAAAAGAUAGGAGCGCACUAUCCAGAUAUCGUGGAUCCAAUUUUCUUGGCUGCAUGCAGAAUUCGCUACGGAAUGUAUCUCAUGCGUUGUGGUGCCAUCAAGCGAAACCAACAUCUGCAGAAUAUUUUGAGCUCAACCUGCAGUUUUCCUUGCAUCUCUCGUCAAAACCCAACAUUAUUUGACUUGGUGAAACAGUGCACAAAGCUACCAAGAUUGACUGCUUCAGAAGUGCUGGACCAAAAGUUCAAACAUCUUCUUCAUAAGUUGAAGAUGAGUUCUUUUGAGGAGUUGAAGUUCCAAAUUUUGGCUCGAGGAAGCUUGGACAAAGAUUCUUGUAAAGUUUUCAUAUCGGAACUCAGUGGACUCGCCAGUUUGUGGAAACUCCAAUUGGAGGAGAAGGAGCAGAGGGAAAAAGAAGCGCAGAGCUUGUACAAAAUGAAGAGCACCAAGGAGGUUGAAGAGGCAGAAUUAAAGAAAACCUUCCCACUGUUCCAUCAAGAGUUUGAAGAUGUUGCUGGAAAUGUAGUAUACCAGAAAAUGGACGCUGAUGUGCAGAUCACAGAUGCAGAGCCAGAAGACUUUGAUCUCAUCACUGAUGAGGAUAUGGCCAGCAUUGGGUACAUUCACGAACAGGUGUUUGUCAGUACCACCCAGAAACCGUGGCUGGAAAAACCAGUCGUGGCAUUGCCAGAAUAUAACGUGGAACCACUGAAAUGUAGGCUUGAAGUCCUCAAUUCUCUGCUUCCACAUGCUUUCUAUUCACUGGACAAUACCUUCGACAAGGCUCUCUCAGGAACAUUCCUACUGGCCCUGAAUCAUGACACUGACUAUUCAAAACGGCCUUAUGACUUCUACCGAGAUCCUCUGCCCAGCGAAGCAGUUAAAGGCUUGCCAUUAUUGAAGGCCAUUUUGCAGCGGGUGCAUGAGCUGAUGCAAGAAUGGCCGGAACACCCAACCCUCCAAACCCUUGAAACUCUUUGUGACCGGCUGAUGACCUUCCCAUCAAAGAGUCCCUUGGCUCGAUUUUUGUGCGGCUUUGAGCUUCUACUGUCCCAACUUCAGUCUUGGGAGGCUCAUGCGCACACAGGAGUGAGUAUGGGAGCUCUAAGCCAGGCAGUGGCUGAUCUAGUGCUAGAGUGGCGCCGGCUGGAGCUGCAGAAGUGGACAGAGGCUCUCGACUCUGUCGAGUACAAAUGCAAACAGAAGGCGUUCAGUCGUUGGUGGUGCCACCUGGCAACCCUGAUUGACCCUACUGGACACCAAGACAGCUUUUCUGUUCAAGACGUGAUCAGUGCUAUCCAGCAGUUUAUGGAACAGUCCACAAUGGGUGAUUUUGCCGUGAGGCUCAGAUUAUUGAAGGCUUUCUAUUGCCAAGCCUCACAUGGUCAGGGAUCACAGUUUCAAGAUUUGCAGAAAGUCCUGUGGAACGCCUUCACGUUCUACUCGCAGUUCUUGCAACCGGUUUUAAACCGGCUGAAGAGCUUGAGAGCUCCAAUUGGAAAGAAACUGAAAGAGGCGGUUAAAAUCGCCAGGUGGACUGAAACAAACUACUGGGCUUUGAGACAGAAAAUUGAAAAGACACACAGAACCCUGUUCAAGCACAUGAGAGAUUAUCAAGAAGUUCUUGAUCAAAAAGCGUCUACAGCCAUGAAUGUGCCCCCUGUGGUGUUGAAAGAGUGGAGUCUAGAUAUGAAUGUCUUGGCCUACCUUUCUAGCAUCAAGCCUGACGCCACAUUGUUGCAAGAUGAUUCGCUUGGGGCUAAUUCUUGGUUUAAGAAAGCAAAGAAGCUGUGCAAAGAUAUGAUGUCAAGCUACCGCUACCCUGAGAUCAUCAAACAGAUUUCUGACAUUGUUUUGGAAAUUGAGGACACUACAAAGCUUGUUCUUAGCCAAGGAGCUUCUCCUGGGAAAAACCAUGACAAAGAAAAGUUCAAAUCUGACCAAAAGAAUCUGCUGCAAAGAAAGAGAAAAGCAGUUGCUGACACCUUCAAAUCCAUUCAACAACUGGGGGUUUCUUACCGAACGGGUUCAAUCCACAAGUUCAACUUUUCUCUUGAAUACUUCCUAAUGGAUCCCUUUGACGUUUUGGCUUGCAAUGAAGCCCCCCAACAGAAACCGGAGGAUGAUCUGCAAAAAGCGUGGAGUGGUUGCAAAGAACAAUUAGCAGCAUGCGUGGCAAAAAUGUCCCAGCUGUCUGCAGCUCUCACAAAACCAUCAAGUGAACUAGGCCCUAAUGAUUUAGAAAAAUGUCAAGGAAAUGCUUUGCAUCUCAUGGAAAUGUUAGUAAAUGAACACAACCUUCUGAGCAAAGUCAGCAAUGAUGUAAACAUGCUUGGUGUUAAUCUUCAACCGCUGCUAGAUGCUUCCGUUUAUUCUGCUGAGAAUUACAAUCAUACCAGAGAGGUCAUCUCCAACAUAAUCGGAAGUGCUGCGGUUUGGAUCAGCCAGUUUACAACCUUACUCAAAGCAUACCCAAAGUCUGACGAUCUUGACAAUGUGCAGCUGAUGCCAAACGUAAAGACUCCAAAUGCCCUCUCGGUUGCUCAAGCCUUGGAUUCAGCAGAAUCUCUAUUAUCCAAUGUUGAGAAUAUUAGAUCAAUUCUGAUGAGUUUGGACGUAGAUUGCGGUCCCAUCGUUGGCGAAGUUUCUCUAGGAAAACUGAACAACUGCAAACCUUUCUUGGAAGAUAUGACCAAAAAAAUCACAAAGUUGAAAGAUGUAGCACCGAGCUGCACAAUGGACACCAUUGAUUGGCUCCACGAUGAGUUGUCAAGAGCAGUCUCGCUUAUUUCCAAACCCUUAACGACCUCCUCUUCAGGUGUCCAUGAAUUGGAUGUCUUGCUUGAGAAGACACAACAGGCAGCUCUUUUGAAAAUCCAAAAGUUAUACAAAUCACUUAAAAGUAGACCACAAUCAAGUUCGGAAACAGAGUUUGAAGAAAUGCUUUUGUUGAGCAACACAAAGAAAACUUUAAAAGAAGAUGUGGACCUCUUGAGCAUAGGAGAAAUCAGCAAGUUAGUUGCUGAGUUGGAUCUUGUACUUGCACAAUCACCAGAGGCUCUGGCUAAAGUGAAGAAAAUUGCGCCUCUCAUCCACCAAGUUCAACUGCUUGCAAAAUAUUUUGCCGUCCAACUUGCCAGCUCUUUGAAUGUGUCUUCCCAACUUCUGUGCCAGUACUUGUGCUUGGCCACCAUGCUUGUCCAGAAGGGAUUCAACAUGCCCCCAGAGAUGGCUGAUGAAAAGGAAGGAGAGGGAGAAUCCGAACCUUCCCAGGGAAUGGGGCUUUGCGAUGGAGAAGGAGAGAAAGAUGUGUCUGACCGGCUUGAAUCAGAAGAUCAGCUUGAGGGCGCCAGACAGGAGGGCGACCCUGAAGAGGAACCAGCAGACAAAGAUAUCCCGGAGGAAGACAACGGUGUUGAUGUCAGUGACGACUUUGAGGGUAAACUACAGGAUGUAGGAAAAAACAAAGAAGGGGAGGAUGAUGAUGGCAGCGGUGAUGAAGAAGGCGAUGAGGAUGUGGACAAACAGAUGGGAGAGACUGGCGAGGAAACAGAAAAUCUUGACAAAGAAGUUUGGGGCAGUGACGAGGAAGAGGAAGAAGGUGAAAUGGAUGAGACUGAGAACGGGAAAGGAGAGAAAGAUGACGUCGUUCCUGAAAUUGGAGCUGCUGAGGACGGAGAAGGCCCUGAGGGCACCCAGGAAAAGAAGGACUGGGACGCUCAGCAGCAGAACGAGUUCCCAGAAGACCAAGUCGAUACCCAGCAUGCCAAAAAUGAGCAACCUCCUGAGCCUGAAGCUCUUGAUUUGCCAGAUGAGCUGAAGCUUGAUGGUGAUCAGGAGGAUGAAAAUAAUGAGGAAGAGUCAGGAGAAAACCCAUUCGAGACUGAAGAGUUGAAAGAUAUCAAAGAGCAGCCUGAGGUUGAGGAAAAUGCUGAGCCUAUGGAAGAAAAAAGCACUGAAGAGAACCAGAUGGACGCUGAUGAUUCUGGAGAUGACGAAGAACAGAACUUUGAGAAAACUGGGGACAGCAAAGAAGGUGACGAAGAAGGAGAAGACAGCACUGACAAAGAGCAAGAAGGUCGUGGGGAGGAGAUGGACGAAGACACUCCUGAUAACCAGGAUGUUGAACCUGAUAAAGAUUAUGAAGGAGAGGACAAAACCGAGAGUAAUGAAGAUAAAGCUGAGGCAGCUCAAUCAGCAAAGUCUCAAGAUAAGGCCUCCCAAAACGAUUCAACAUUUGACCAAAAGGAGAACAACUGGGGUGGAGAGGCUGAUGAGGACAAGGGCCAGGAAGGUGUGGCUGAACAAGACGAAGGGCACGCAUCUGCAUCUCAGAAGGAUAGCAAAAUGGCUGCCCCUGCAGAAAAGCAGAUUGGCAAACAGGAACCAAGAGAAAGGAAAAAGCCAGGCAAAACAGAUGAUUCUCACACUUUAGGUGACGUGAAAGAGCCUGUUCAAAAGAAGCUAAGACUGGCUGACGAUAUGGCUAUGGAAACAGGGGAAGAUGAGCACAGCGAAGAAGAGGAGGGCAUGCAGAAGGAUGAUGGUGCAGAUUUGCAUCAACAUGUGAAAGAAGCAAAAUCAAGCACAACCCAGACCAUGGAUGCUGCUACAAAGGAGCAAGCGAUAGAGCAAAAGCCGGUUGUUGGCCAGGAGGAUGACAAGCCGCCCAAAGACGAGGAAAUGGAAAUUGUUGAAGAAGUGGAGGAAGAGAAAAAUGACGGCCCGCAGAAAGAACUAAAGGCGGAGAAAACAAAGGGAGUGGAUAAGCCGGAAAAAAGUGAAGACGGUCAGCAACCUAGAGGAGAAACUUCAAAAGAACAGGUGGAAGUGGAAGGUGACAUUGUCAACACUGAAAAUGUGCCACGCGGUGGCGCCUGCACUGCCCACACUCAAAUCAUGGAAAAGAGCAGUGGUGACGAAUUGAGUCCUGAGGAAGUGCAAGCCCUCAGAGAACAUUUGGAAAAACAGUUGGCCUCGUGGACAUCCCCGCCUGCAAGUGCAGAAGCCUUUCAAACAUGGACUCAGUUCUUGUCGGCCACUGCAGCCUUGUCCAGGGAUUUGUGCGAGCAGCUGAGACUUGUGCUUGAACCAACUCAAGCUGCGAGGCUAAUGGGUGAUUUCAGAACGGGGCGCAGAAUCAACAUGCGAAAGGUGAUCCCAUACAUUGCCAGUGAAUUUAGGAAAGACAAAAUCUGGCUGAGGAGAACAAAGCCAAGUAGGCGAAGGUACCAGAUUGUGCUGGCACUUGAUGAUUCCUCAAGCAUGGCAGAAAACCACUCAAAAGAGUUGGCCUUCGAAUCGUUGGCUCUGGUGAGCCAGGCGCUCACCCUCUUAGAAGCUGGAGAGCUGGGCGUUGUCAGUUUUGGGGAAGAGCCAAAGAUCUUGCACCAGUUGGAGACUACUUUCAAUGAAGAGAGUGGAGCUAGGCUGCUGCAACAGUUGAGCUUCAAUCAACGGCAGACUCGUGUAGGACGAAUGGUCAACUUCGUAUCGUCGAUGCUGAGUGCAACAGGCAGGCAGUCCAACAGUGAUGUUGCCCAACUCUUGCUUAUUGUGUCGGAUGGAAGAGGAAUUUUCAGUGAAGGGCGCGAGGUUGUUGAGCAGGCGGUCAGGGCCGCGAAAGAAGCUGGUGUAUUUAUUAUUUUCCUCGCAAUUGAAGAUCCUCAGAGCAAGGACUCAAUUCUGGACAUAAGGAUGCCCGUUUUCCACAAUGGGAAGCUGCAAAUGAUCUCGUCCUAUCUGGAGAAUUUCCCGUUCCCGUACUAUUUGAUUUUAAGGGACAUUGAGAGUUUGCCCUCUGUCUUGAGUGACGCUUUGAGACAGUGGUUCGAAUUGGUAGCAGUAGAUGUAAGAAAAUAAGCUGACGUGGAGAAAUGUACUGUUUGUUAGUUCAGCAAUAAUAAAAUUACCUUUCAAAAUAUUUA